GGUCCAUAAACCCCUAAAAAAUAAAAAAUAAAAAAGAAGUAAAAACCCAACACACAGGUGAAAGUGAAACCCCUCUCUUCUCUUCUCCACCAAACCUUGAUCUUGAUGAUGGCUUCCACUUGCAACCGUGUGAUCGGCAGAACCUUCCUCUCGUCCCUCAAAUCAACCGUUAAACCAAGGCUCCGCCCCUCUACGACGUCGUUUCGCUCUUCCUCUUCCUCAACCACACCAUCCACUCGUCGUUUCUCUCCUUUUACCAGGAAUUCGGUAUCGGAACUUGGUGGCGUUCAAUCUCUGAUGCCUCUACACAGCGCCAUGGCCACAGCAAGGAUGACAUCCUGCCUGAGCUUGGACGGAAGUAGCCGAGCUCUCUCACAGGAGCUUGGUCUAUCAGUCCCCAGGUGAGGAAGCCACCAGUUUGAAUGUUUAGCUACCCAUUCCUAGGUUUUGUAAUUCUUCCUAACCAGUAUCCUCCUUUAUGGAAAUUGUUUCCGGAGGCUCGUGAAGAACUAAAAUUGGUGUAGAUUGCUCUCAACUUGGAGUUGGAUAUUUUUUUACUCAAGGUAUAGGCGAUCAUCUUAUUUAUUACACAUCUUGUUGAAUAAGAGUAAACUGUUGCUCCUGUUUUUUCUUCUCUAGGAUUAGUAUAAUUUCCUUUUCUGAUGAAAGAAUUUUUUCUUGCUGUUCUCGUGGACCAUGGUAACAUUCCUGGGUUCCACUUCCAUGGUGAUAAUAUAACUUGCCAAUAUAGUUAUUAAAAUGCA